AUGGCUCCAAGCCUCCAAUCUUCCAUGUCCCCAUGUCUCCAAGCCUCCAUGUCUCCAUGCCUCCAAGCCUCCAAGUAUCCAAGCCUCUAUGCCUCCUUGCCUCCAUGCCUCCAAACCUCCAAGCCCCUAAGUCUCCAAGCCUCCAAGUCCCCAUGCCUCCAUGCCCCCAAGCCUCGAAGUCCCCAUGGCUCCAAGCCUCCAAGCCUCCAUGGCCUCAAAGCUUCAAUGUCCCAAUGCCUCAAUGCCUCCAUGUCUCCAAGCCUCCAUGUCUCCAUGCCUCCAAGCCUCCAACCUCCAAGUCUCCAUGCCUCCAAGACUCCAUGUCUGCAAGCCUGUCAGUCUGUAAGCCUCCAAAUCCCCAUGCCUCCAAACCUCCAAGCCACAAGUCUCCAGGCCUCCAAGUCCCCAUGCCUGCAAACUUCGAAGCCUCCAAAUUCCCAUGCCUCCAAGUCUCCAAGUCUCCAAGCCUCCAACCUUGCAAGUCUCCAAGCUUCCAAGUCUCCUUGCCUCCAAAUCUCGAAGCCUCCAAGUCCCCAUGCCUCCAAGCCUCAGAGCCUCCAUGUCUCCAUACCUCCAAGCCUCCAUGUCUCCAUGCUUCCAAGCCUCCAUGUCCCCAUGCCUCCAAGUCUCCAUGCCUUCAAGCUUCCAAGCCUCAAAGCAACCAAGUUUCCAAGCCUCCACGCCUCCAAGUCUACAUGCAUCCAAGCCUUCAAGCCCACAAGUCUCCAAGCCUCCAUGUCCUAA